AUGGCGCAGCAAAGCGGCAAUGAUGUGAAGGCUGUAAUGGAGAAGCUGCUCCAGGCGUUCGAGGACGAAGUGGACAGGGACCUGCCUCACAGGGAGGCGCUGGACCACAUCUUCCGCAUCCUCAAGGCAAACAAGGAGAAAAUCAUCUCGGAGCCACCGGAGGUGGAGAAGAAGGAUAAGCUGCCCGAGCUGCUGCGCAGUAUCGGUGAUGCCCUGCAGCAAUGCAAGGCACGGUCCAAGCAGCAGCAGUCUGAGUCUGACAAGGCCAAGAGCAAGAAGAUAACAAUGCCGUCGGUGAGCGACUGCAACCCUUUCAAGUCUCGACCCUCGCACCUGUCCGUCGACCCCUUGCUGGAGCAGACCAUCGCCAUUCUCGGCGAUGUUCCUCCUCCUUCUCCUGGUCAGGAAGAUGCAGGAGAGGAGACCGUGACGGAGUACUACGAGUGGACAACGAGCUACGUGGAUGAGAGCCGGAUAUACGGCUGGGACAAGGAAGCCAACGAUGUGGUCGACGCCCUCGUCGGCAAGGACAAGGAGGAGGGCGAAGACGAUGAGGUGCUGUUUAGGACGGCGGGCAUCGCCGGGAUCCACGGCAGCGGCAAGACGGCGCUGGCGCAGAAGGUGUUCGUCCACGACAGGAUCAAGGACGCCUUCCCUCUCCGCCUCUGGGUCUGCGUCGGCCCGCCGGACCACGAGGACAGGUUCAACCUCCUCUACCGGAUGCUCGACAACCUCGGCCUCGACACGGCCAAGGUCGAGGACAUCGUCGACAAGGCCGACGUCGUCGUCAAGGCAGCCACCGACGAGGACAAGGACAAGUCCAAGAUCGGGGUGCUGCUCUUCAUCCUCUACGUGACGCUGUACAAGACGGGGUACCUUAUCGUGUUCGACGACAUGAGGGCGUACAGCGACUGGUACAGCAACCUGACGCUGCAGCCACCCAAGGACGGCGAGUGGUACGAGCGGCUCGCCUACGGCCUGCCCAAAGCCAGGAAGAGCGCGGUGCUCGUCACCUGCCGCAGCGAGGACGGUGCUAGGGUGAUGGUGCGCACCGGCGGCGUGUUUCACCCUCCCAAGCUCGAGGGCGAAGAAGGGUGGAAGCUUUUCCACCGGGAGUACAAGGAGGCCAAAGACAAGGAGAAGAAGGAGAAGGGCGAGAAAGAGGAGGAAGACAAGCUUUACAAGGAACUCCAAGAGAUGAAGGAGGAGAUCGUCGGAAAGUGCCUUGGCCUUCCGGUGGCCAUCGUCCAGGCGGCCAAGGGCUUCGCCGCGCUCGAGCACGAGCCGGAAGCUGACGCCAAGGAUAACGCUGCCGCGGAUCAGACUGCGACGAGCAAGACCGAACCAGCUGCAACUGAGGCGAUGGAGGCCGAUCAGUCUGCUAAUUGA